AUGUACGCGAUGCUGUCGAUAGCGGACGACGCCCCCGUCCUGCAGACGCUGCAGGCCCACGGGAGCGACGUCACCUCGUGCGACUUCGGGGGCAACUACUUCCUGGCCUCCGGCUCGGGGGACAAGACGGCGCGCGUGUGGGAGUGGAGCGCGGGCCAGGGCUACGUGGAGGCCCCCUACUCCCCGCUGGCCGCCCACAAGUACGGGGUGACGUGCGUGCGCUUCUCCCCGCGCGGCACCAUGCUGGCCACCGCCUCCAUCGACGGCUGCACCAUCCUGUGGAACGUGCGGACGGGGGUGCGCAUCCACACGUUCAUCCAGACGAGCGGCGGGGCGGUGCGUGUGUGCCGCUUCUCCCCGGACUCCACCCUGCUGGUCGCUGCGGGGGACGACGGCUCCGUGUGCCUGUGGAACCUCGUGCGCCGCAACUUGGUCAGGACGUUCCAGGAGCACGAGGGCACGGUCCAGACGGUGGCGUUCACCCCGGACUGCGCCUACCUGGUGACGGCGUGCACGCUCGGCGUCAUGAAGCUGUGGUCGGUGGCGGAGCUGGCUGACGGGGGCGCCGGUGUGUCCUGCCGGCUGUCUGUGGACGAUGCCCACGACCUGGGGGUCGUCAGCAGCGACUUCUCCCCCGCGCGGCACCUCGCAGAGGAGGGAGACACGGGCUACCUGCUGGCCACCAGCGGCAACGACUCAGAGGUGAAGCUGUGGCGGCUGGAGGUCGGCCCGUACGACAAGUGCCAGGGGGCGUCGCCCUGCGAGCUGUCCCUGUGCGCCAGCCUCGAGGGCCACACCUCGGCCGUGAUGUGCGCGCGCUUCUCCCCCGGGGGCCACUACGUCGCCUCCUCCGGCCUCGACAAGACCGUCCGCCUGUGGGCCCUGGACGGGACGUGCGUGUGCGUGCUGGAGAAGCACACGCGCUACGUCGCCUGCUGCUCCUUCUCCAGGGACGGGAUCCUCCUGGCCACGGGCUCCAACGACAGGUCCCUGGUUGUCUGGGAUCUGUCGUCGAGCCUCACUCUCGACUCGGAGCUGGUGAAGCCUUGCAGUGCCUUGAGCCACUACGGGAACAACAACAAGGAGGGUGGCGCGGGGCUGCAGGAGCAGGAGGCAGCCACGGAGGGGGGGGAGGUGAAGCUGCUGCAGCGGCUGGACCAGCACGCCGGCGCCGUCAACUCCUGCCACUUCAGCGGCAGCAGCCUACUGGCCUCGGGUGCCAGCGACAAGCUGGUGCGGGUGUUUGCGCGCUCGGAGGAGGGGCGCUUCCAGGAGGCGGACUGCUCCCCGCUGGAGGGGCACAGCUACGCCGUCAACAAGGUGGAGUUCUCCCCGGCGGGCGGCCUGCUGGCCUCCUGCUCCAUGGACGGCACCUCCGUGGUGUGGGACGUGCAGACGGGCGGCCGAGCGCGCCCCAGCUUCCAGUGCAGCGGCAGCGGCCUGCGCGCGUGCCGCUUCUCCCCCGACGGCCACCUGCUGGUCACGGCCGGUGACGACGAGCGCGCCAGCGUGUGGGCCGUGGGCACCAUGGAGCUGCUCAUGUGCGUGGAGGGCCACAGCGAUGCGGUGGUGGGCGCGGCCUUCACGCCGGACAGCCGGCUCCUGGCGACGGCCAGCUCGGACGGCACGGCGCGGCUGUGGUGCGUGGCGCCGUGCUCCGAGGCCUGCCUGCUCACCCAGGAGGAGGCCCACGACCUGGGCGCCCAGAGCUGCGACUUCUCGCCCGCCGAGGGCGUCGCCAGCGCCGGGCUGAGGGACCGGCGGUACCGCUACCUGCUGGCGACGUGCGGCAACGACUCGCUGGUGAAGCUGUGGCGCGUGACGGCGGUGGAGUGCGUGCCCUGGCGCUCCCUGCUCGGGCACGGCGGCAGCGUGAUGUGCGUGCGCUUCUCGGCCGUCACGGGCGAGCUGCUGGCCUCCACCGCCACCGACAAGACCGCCCGCCUCUGGAACACGUACACGGGCGAGUGUGUUCACGUGCUGGAGGGACACGACAGCCUCGUGACAGCCUGUGCCUUCUCCGGGGACUCCUCCUUGCUGGCCACGGGCUCCAUGGACAAGAGCAUCAUCCUGUGGGAGCUGCCGCAGCAGCUGGUGUUCCAGAGCCAGGCCGCGGGUCGUCUCCGCGGCCGCAGCAAGAAGCUGUUGCAGUGGAGCGCGGAGGACGUGAGCCAGUGGCUGGCGGAGCUGGACCUGCCCGAGCUGGCCGGCCGGGUCAGGGGCGCCAACCUGACGGGCCACCGGCUCCUCGCCCUGCCCCCGUCCGAGGUCGCCGCCCUGCUGGACGCUGGCGACGCAGACGUGCAGCGCAAGCUGAGCCUGCACCUGUUCUGGCUGAAGAAGGGCGACGCAGACGUCCUGGAGCUGCCGGCUGACGUCGCUCUGCCCCACGAGUUCCUGUGCCCCAUCACGCACGAGCUCAUGAGGGACCCUGUCACCUGCUCCGACGGCUUCACGUACGAGCGGGCGGCCAUCAACGAGUGGUUCAUGAGCGGCAAGUUCUCCAGCCCGAUGACCAACGCCACGCUCACGGACACCUCCUGCGCGGCGAACGUGCGCCUGCACGCCGCCAUCUGCCAGUUCCUGUACGGCGAAGACGAGCCGUGAAGCCAUCGCCCACUGUCUCCCGCUGGUUGUGAAGUACUCUGUACGUUAGCACCCUCAAAGGACUGCACUACGGCGGAGAGUCAUCAAGUGUCACAAAAUAACUUGCAACGAUAAUCACAUCAAAACUACUAUUACCGUAUUUACUCGUGUAUAGCGCGCACCACGAUUUUUGCAACAAAUACCAAAAAAAAAAUUAUAAUUUUUUGCCCCAAAAAAAUAAUUUUACUAACAUUUUGUGGUACCUGUUAAGUAAUUACUUAUGAAACAAAUGAUUAUUUAAAUUGAUGUGUAGUGAUGUGUCAGGAAACUACUUAAAUUAAAUACUCUUCCACCUGAAAGCGAAACUUUUGUGGCACACUGUACCAUCUGAAACGACACGGGGGCAAGCUAAACUCUGCUGUGUAGACGGAAGAUAAUGAAGCGCUGUAUCGUCACAACUGGUACAGAGCGGGAGGGAGGGAGGGAGGGAGGCAGGCAGGAACGGGACUACGACCAUCAAGUAACCUUGACAGUUGACAGGACUAAACACCACCACUCCCGUCACCGUUGCGCCGAGGACUAGAUGACUCACCUCGCGCCCGCACGUGUGUGUGUGUGUGUGUGAAAGAGAGGCCUUGUUGCUUGUGCGUAUGUGUGGGGUCACCCAUCACCCGGCAGUUAACGACUAACACUCCUCCUCCCCACCUCCCCCCUUCAACUUUUUUUUUCGGUGUAUAGCGUGCAUCCUUGAUUUUUUUCCUUUACUUGAGGGAAAAAAGGGCGUGCUAUACACGAGUAUACAGUGAAACCUCAUUAAUACAUACCUGAAGGGGAGUAAAAUAUUUCAGUUUGUAAUAACGAGGUUCAUAUUAAUGAGGUUCUUGAGCCAAUAGGUAGAAUAAGAACUCGAUAAGAAAUAUUGAAUUCCUACAUGUCAGAGCACUAAAAAUGUGGAAUAUUAUUAUUGUAAUAGAAGCCAGAUAUUGACAUGCACACUAACAAAAUACACUUAGAAGCAAUUUUAAUAAAAUAUACUAUAACAGACUGAUAAUUAGUAUACAUAUACGUAUGUAUGUAUUCUUAUUUAAUUUGUUUCCAAAGUUUUGACAAAAAUGAUUAACAUUUACCGUACAGUUAAUUGCUGUUGAGUGUAUAGCAAUUCUUAUGCAAAGUAUGCAAGAUAUAUUUACAUAGGUUUAAAAAAAUCAUUAAUUUUUUUCUGGACACACUUAUCUCUGUAAAUAUCAUUUACAGCAGAACAUAUCUUCUCAAAUCCUGCAAUCAAGUCAAUUGGCACAUCACUUGCAGCAAGUACAUUUUUCAGUGUACGCAAAGCACUGAUUGUGUCACUUUUGCUUGGAAGUUUAUGCACUACCUCACCAUUGUCGUCAUCACCAUCAUUAUCCUGACUUGUACCACCCUCACAAAGUGACUGUACAGCGUCAGCCCUUGGUGUUUCCUGUAAUCCUCGUGAACCAACAAGAUCUUCUGCAGUUAAUCUUGCACUGGUGUACACACUGUCAUCAAUAUGAACAAACUCAUUGAAGUCAUUAUCAACUUGCACAUGUUCUUUUAACUCUUGCCAAUCCUCUAAAGGUUGAUCACAGUCAGGUUCUUCAACAGUUUGCUGGCCAAAACCACUUUUUGCAAAGCAAUGCACAAUUGUCUUUUGGCUGAUGCUGUCCCACGACAUGGCUAUACUGCGGAUAGCAUCCAAAACUGACCAUCUAGGAAGCUCAGUCUUUCCUUUUUCACACUGCCUGAUAAGGUAUUUCACCAAGCGCUGUCUGUAGUUUCUUUUGAAGCACUGUAUUAUACCUUGGUCAAGUUGUUGUGUCACACUUGUUGUAUUUGGUAGCAAGAAGAGUAAGGUAAUGUUUUCCAACUUCAUACCAUGAGCAGUAUGUGCAGCACAGUUGUCCAACAAUAACAAAAUUUUGCGAUUUAGAGUCGCCAUUUUCCUGUCCAAUUUUAACAACCACAACUGGAAAAUUUUUGUGGUGACCCAAGCCUUACUGUUUGCCUCGUAUCUACUGGCAGGUUUUUUGCUGCAAGAUCUUUGAAACAUCUUGGCUUGGCAGACUUGCCAAUAACCAAGGGUUGAAGUUUAGUACUGCCAUCAUGAUUACAACAUAGUAAAACUGUAAGACGAACUUUACUGUGUUUACCGCCAUGGCAGUUUUCACCUUUUACGGUUAGAGUUUUAUUGGGCAACAGAUUGUAAAAAAGCCCUGUUUCAUCCAUAUUAAACACAUCUUGUGGUGCAAAUUUAAUUACGAUGGUCUGUACUGACUGAAGCCAGUCACUCGUUGCUGUUUGGUCGACAGCUGCAGAUUCGCCACAAAUGGUUUUUGUGGCCAAAUUAUGCCUAUCUUUGAAGCGUUGAAGCCAUCCGUUGCUGCAAUGGAAAUCAUCAAUUCUGAGUUGCAGUGCCAGCUGAUCAGCCUUUUCUUGGAUAAUAGGCCCGGAAAUUGGAACUCUGGCGGCGCGCAUCUGAUGAAACCACUCCAGCAGUUUGGCCUCUAAUUCGGAAUGUUUACCGACGCGCAUCCUUUUCUUAGUUUGAUUACUACCUUUCCUGACCGCUUCUUCUAUUUUAUCUGCUUGUUUUAGAAUUGUACUUACGGUUGAUUUUGAUAUACCAAACUCUUCAGAAAGUUCUGUUUUCGUUUUUUCACCCUGACGAACUGAAUUUAUUAUCUUAAUUUUCGUCUUCAAUGCAAUUUCCUUGCGUUUACGUUUUGCCUCCAUUUUUAUGUGUGUACGUACAAAUUCUAAAGUGUAAUAAAAUUCUCACGAGAUAAUUCACUUAAACUUUCAUUACAACGUACACAAAUAUUAAACGGGUUAGGCGUAAUAUAUAUUUUGAUAUUAUUGGUCCGGCACAGAUUCAUGUAUACAAAGGAAGUACAAAAUCGAACAUAAAUACAAUCCCACGUGAAGUUCGAUAUAUCGAAUAUUGUACAAACGCGAGUGAUUUCUGAACAUAUCGAACACACGAACGAGUGAUUUUGAAAACAUAAGAGUUAAAAACACACUUUGGACACUCAGGCGGGGCCGUAUCUUUGUGGUAAUCUUUGGUUCGUAUUAAACGGUAAACAUGACUGUUUGUUUAUAUGGAAGGGAAUUGUUAUUGUUCGCUAUACAUAAUAACGAGAAUUUCGUAUUAACCAAACAAAUCUUCAUUGUGUUUAAAGGGCAUAUUUCACGGGGAAAUAGUAAUAGGUAAUAUUAACGAGUCGUUCGUAAUAAGCGGGAUGAUAUUAACGAGGUUUCACUGUAUACGGUUUAUCCCUACAUAAUCUCCACCAAUAUUUACGCACACAUACCAUCAUUUUUAUCAAUGCCAAAUACAGACUGCAUUAAAAUUUUUUUGGGUUCCUGUCUCUCAUAAACAUUUUGACUUUAUGUUGCCCCUCUACCUCACAAAUCAUCGCGCACCAACAUUUUUUGAAACUGAAUGAUGCAUGCGUUCUUGCUAUCUAGUCAACAUCAAAAACAAUGUCAUAAGGCUGGAUGAUGCUAUCAGUCAUUUGACGUUCUUGGAAAGUGCUUGCUUCUGCUUUUUUAGGAUGCAUCACAUUAAUUUCUGACUUUCUUAAUGACGCCCCGAUAAAAUUUACAUCACAUUGUGUUGCUGAACGUGCGUAAGAUCCCUCACGGACGGCCUCUACGCAGUACGGAGUUCCGCGCGACGGAUCCAGCGUGUACGUACUUGUCCACGGUGAUGAUAAUAAACAGAAGCAUUUUCGGAUCUACGUUCAUGUGACAACUCUGCAUAAGUACCCACAGUUCCACGGUUUUACUUGUAUUUUAGAUACACUCUGUAACAUUACUGUAAGAUUUCAUUAAUGAAUUUUCAAGGGACUUAAAAUUUUAGGCUUAUUAAAUAAGAAGAUCUGAAAAAGGUCUAAUCAUAACCGUAUUUACCCGCAAAGGAGUUGCUCCAGCGAAUGGUUUGCACCUUUAAUUUAGGGCAUGAAAAUAUUAACAUUUUCACCGUAAGGGUCGUCCUCGAAUAGGGUCUGUCUUCACUAGAGUUCCAUGGAUGCAAGUGAAGUCUGUGUUCCGUGUCUCAGCUUAUUAGCACGUAAGAAAUACAGCACUGAUGUAGACACUAGUUCUUCUGUGUCUGUUUACUAGGGGUUGAGGGGGGGGGGGGGGGGUCAGGCCCAGAAAUUCAGUUAUUGCUUGAAGUUGUCUUUUCUUAGACAUUUUUGCUUGAGCUGUUCGCAGUGUCAGCGCUCAAUGUAUAGAUUACAAAAGACUUGUUUUGAAGCAUAGCCCUCGCCUCAUUAACACAUUCCUGUGAGAUGUUGUAGGAAGUUAUUCGAAGAAGCUCACAUCCAACUGCUGGAGGUUGAGUUUAUGGAAAGAUUGGUUUGUACGAGAAGCAGCGGCAUUAGCAGCUCGUGGCACAUUGCUGUUAUGUCAUGUCUGUUCCAGCACAUAAGGACACUAGCUUUGUUCAGAAUUGCUUUCAUGCCAAAAACAAACAAAAAAAUAAGUAAGGGGUGCAGUGGAGUAUAGUUGCUUUAUGCUUUUUGCUUUUUGUAUUCACACUGCAAAUACUAUAUUGUAAUUUUUGCUGCUUUCCUAUAUUUCGCUUGAAAUAGGUAACAAGUUUUAGGUUGCAUAAGUUAAAAAAAUAUUGACCUAGCAACCAUUAAGUGCUGCUGAAAAAUUUUUGUAGACAAAAUAUCCCCCCUUCUUGCCCUCAAUAUAAAUUUCAGGUAACGCCCCUUGAUUAUGUUUCGUACGACCGAGCAACCAGCCGUGAUACGUCGCCAACUUCACUUCUCGUCCAAGCACUCUGCGCAACACAGCCACUCGACCAGUGUUGCUUGGACUGGCACAAACGCUACAGGCAGAAUAAACUGCAAUUUGUCUUUGUUGGACCAGUCUGUAAACUUCUAGCUUUCCUGUGUCAGUUUCUUCUGUAAAGCAGUUUAAACGAGAGUCAAAAUAAAGUAGUUUGGCUUCUGGGUUGUAGCCGUGUCAUCGACGUUUCGAUCGACAUUGCAUUCGCCAUCAUCAGGGUAGCGAUCCUGAGGUUAUUACAAGUUGUUCUCGCCUGAGAGGAGUGUUUCCCUAUUAGCUGCAGCUGUGGGCCAAUCACAGCCUUCCUUUCGUCUAGAAAUAUUUAUUAAAUGAGAGUCAGUAUUCGGAUUGAAUUUGUGAAUGCUUCACUCACCAAGAAUUCAGUUGUACGUGAAGUUCGGUCAUUAACUACCAUUCCUCCUCCCCACAUCUUAUCUUCCCUUCCUUUAGCUUCACUUCUCGAGAAUCCCCAUUGUUUCUGUGCAGAAAACAUGUGUUGGAAAUUAUGCUUUAGUGAAAUGUAUGUAUAAUUCUUAGCAGUAACACAUUCAGGAAUUUGUAAAAAAAAACAAUAGACACUAAAAAAUGGUAGCAUUAUGUGUGAAGUGUAUAAGUUAUUACUGGUUCAUAGGUUUGUUUGUCCAAUUUAAAACUGUAUUUUUAUCUUUAGUGAUACUGAUACAUAAUCACAAAAAAAUAUAUUGACGUAAGACAUUUAUGUUUACAGCUUACACCAAAGCACAUCAGUGAUACCAAGUGACGAUAUUCUAAAUUUGGUUUGUGAUAAUAUUUGUUGUGUGGAAUCACGAUAUUUUCUGUAAGAGUAUUUUUGCACAUCAUUGUGGGUUGGGUGUUGUCAAUUAAAAUUGUUUUUGAGGUUGGUAACAGUUUUCGUCUUACAUAUCUUUUUUUGUAUACAUUUUUAUAGCAGAUGUCUUUUUGUAAAUCCUAACCAUCACCUUAAAUAAGAAUCACAUAAAGUAAUGAAUUUUGGUCAAUGUUGGCAGAGGCCUAAAAUUAAUAACAAACUUAAAAAUGUAUUUAAUAAUUCAUCUGAUAAAUACUUAUUAUGUAUGCAGUUGUUAUUCAUAUAGAAAAAUAGAUGUUAGUGUGUUGUAGACACAUUUUUACAGACAUAUUUAUCAUUAGAAAAAAAAAAUAGUUUCAGUGACAUUUAUAUUGCCUGUUUGUAUAGCCUAAUAUAAACCUCAAAAUGAUAUUGCAAUUUUGUUUCUGUAUAAACUGUAUAAAUUAAUGAUAAUAUAUUGCAGCAAUGGAUUUUGCACUAUGUAGCAGCAUGCAAGAUUUCAACAAGAACUUUUAUUAUUGCUAUUUAAUGGAAAAUAUAAAUUUUACUUUUGUGUGAAGGGAUAAAGGAUAUUAUGUGAUGUAUUGGCAUUAUAUACCUAUGUUAUGUAUGUUUUAUAUGUACUACUUUAAUUCUAAACUAAAUAAUUACUAAAUUUGACUUUAUUAUUGUUAAAAAUUUUGUUGAUAGCUCAUACCUUCAUUACUAGGUAAAAUAAAGUUGAAACUGCAGAUAUUCUGUCUUAUAAAAGUAUUGACCGCCAAAUAUUUUUGAGGAGUUAUUUGUUCUUACACAGAAAAGUCAUAAUUUUUUGUAAGAAUUUUUAUGUUGUGUACAAGAGGUCAAAAAGCUGGAGUAAAAAAUUAAUUUGUUCAAAGUAAGCAACUUUUUUUUUUCCUUAAUGGUUAAAACCACAUAGGUACAUAUAUGAAUAUUCAUACCUGCUAAAUAAAACCGUAUUCGACACUUUAUGUGUAAUUAAUAUAAUUUAUUUGUUGAUAAGUGACGCAAUUCUGUGUUUUGUAUUUUGUCAUUAUGUCUUUUUUUUUUUUCUAUGAUGGAAAAAUGAUGUGUAUGAUUUUCACUUUGUUUCUUAAACAGUACCUAACUUAAAAUGGUACGAGAAUAAUCCAGUUUUGUCAUGACAUUUUACUAGCGUGACAUAGCCACACUUGUGGAUUGACGUUUCUCGGGAAUAGGCAGGGGGAGAUAUACAUUUAUUAUGAUUUUUAAUUUUACUUUUUAGAAGUAUUUAUACCAUGUUUGUUCAGGUUUGUUAAGAUACAUGUUAUUACUCAUUUUUCUAACGAUUUAUACUUUUUAUUUGUGUAAAUUACUGUUAACUUUAUGAAGCAAUAAAGCUAGACUUUCACUCUGAA